AUGAUCACACGGGUUUCACUUCUUCGCCUACGUCAUGCGAGGACAAUAUUGGCUAAUUCAGCCUCAAUUAGCUCCAAGACGUCUACAUUGACUAUCGGAAACGUCAGCGUGCAGCUUCAAGAUGCCAAAAAUCCGGAUUUCGUUCCUGCCUACUAUGGAUUGUCAGGUCAACCACCACAAGAUCUUCUUCCGCACCUCAAAUGGCUGAUUCAGAAAGAUAAACUGAAACAAGACGUUUUCCUUCUAGGUGUCCCUGGAAAAAUCCGGCUAGAAUUAGUAUUGAGAUACCUGGAAGCAACAAACAGAGAAUUCGAGUACUUACCGAUUACCAGAGACACUACAGAAGCAGAUAUCAAGCAGAGAAGAGAGAUUCGAGAUGGGACUGCGUACUACACAGACUUGUGUGCAGUUCGUGCAGCUUUAGAAGGACGAGUGUUGGUUAUUGACGGCGUGGAACGGGCUGAACGGAAUGUCCUGCCGAUUCUUAACAAUCUUCUGGAAAAUCGUGAAAUGCAGCUGGACGAUGGUCGCUUCUUGAUGAAACACGACAAGUACGAUGAGCUCAAGUCAAAGUACGACAAAACGACGCUAAAGAAAAUGGGAUUGGAGAGGGUGUCAGAGAACUUCCACAUUAUCGCUCUCGGUCUUCCAGUCCCAAGAUUCACUGGAAACUCUUUAGAUCCACCAUUCCGAAGCAGAUUUCAGUGUAGAAACAUCGAAGAGUUGUCUUUCAAUACGUUCCUAGAGCAAGCAAAACUUAUCGCUCCCAACAUCAAAGAGUCGGAACUCAACGACUUGAUAUCUGUGGUUUAUGCAUACAAUUCGGAGGCGUCGACGACAAAACCAAGAAUUGCCACAUCGGUUGUGGAGAACACGCUGAAAAUUUGGAAUAUGAAUCCUGGCUACUCAGCUGGUCAAAUCGUGGACUACACUUACCCGGCAAAGGAAGUACUAUCGGAAAGUGAAAAAUAUUUGAUAGAUACGUUCAAAACUAAAUUCAAGCUUUCCAAUAAGGAGAAAGCGCGCAGUCUGAAAAGCAAGGAAGGAAACACAUGGGUUGAGAUAAAUGAAAAAAAGAAUAAAAAGAAAGUAAAUCUCAAUUUACCAACUGCUCCUCAUCCCACCACCUCGACAGCUACUUGGGUUCCUACUAAUCAUCAAGAAAAUCUUCUCGCUGAUUUGGCAUUGGCAUUCUCAAAAGGAGAUUUUAUUCUCAUUGGUCCCAAAGGAUCUGGUAAAUCCACGGUUCUCGGGGAGCUCUCCAAACGAAUCAACUUCAACUACGUCACAAUGGUACUGCAUCAAGAUAUGAACACUCGAGAACUAAUUCAACGACGUCAUAUGAAGGAAAACGGAGAUACAGUUUGGGAGGACUCGAUUCUGGUGGCUGCUGCACGGAAUGGAGAUGUUUGUGUUCUGGAUGGUGUCGAGAUGGUCCAUCCCAGUGUUAUCAUGUCGCUGGCACAGCUGGUUUACCAUCGAAGAUUCGAUUUGCUAAACGGAAACCGUUUGAUUGGAGAAAAAGAGUUCAAAACUAUCAUGGAGAGAGAUAGGAUAGAUGAGGCAGCAAUGAAUCAAAGAGGCGUUUUCCGAAUCCCCUAUUCUUUCCGCCUACUAUUUGUAGGAGAGUCACAAUCUAAAGACCACAAAUGGAUCAAUGAGAAUGUACUUUCCCUUCUACCAUUCUACACUGUUCCGGAGCUCUCGCUACCUGAACAAGCGAAAAUCAUCUCGGAAAUUACCCAUGGGUCAAACACAAAAGCAGUCGACAAACUUAUCAAGUUUGUGCAAAAGAUUAAAGAUUCACAUGAUUCUGGACUCAAAACUACAGCCACAUCUUUGUCACUCCGUCGUCUCAUCCACAUUGCUAAGCGAGACUUAAUGCAGCCAGGCCAUCUUCGUGAGCUUGUGGAGAAAGCUGCUCUGUCAAAAUUCUUGCCUCAAAUCACGAAAGAAACAUUCGAGCACGAAUUGAAAGCUGCUGACCUCAUCAAUGACACCACAAUUCGUACCAAAGAAGAUCAGAAGUAUCUUGAAAUGAUCCGAGCUGCGACUGAAAGAGCUGAAGACGAGGCACUGAUUCCGAACGUGUUGUUCCAUCACAAUAAACAACACGAUGAGGUGUUGGAGGACAUGGCGAGAGAUAUGAAGCUGGGAAGUCAUCUAUUAUUGAUCGGAAACCAAGGAGUUGGAAAGAAUAAGCUCACUGAUCGCUUUCUUCACUUGAUCAAUCGCCCGAGACAAUAUAUGCAGCUUCACAGAGACACAACUGUGCAGACCCUAACAAUGCAGACAGUAGUAGAGAAUGGUAUCAUACGUCACGAAGAUAGUGCAUUGGUAAAAGCAGCGAGAAGUGGACAGAUUUUGGUAAUCGACGAAGCUGACAAGGCACCACUGCACGUCAUUGCAAUUUUGAAGAGUCUCCUAGAUACUGGUAACUUGGUACUUGGUGAUGGUCGAUCCCUCCGUCCAGCUUCAUCGUUCACGGAGGCUGACAAAAAGAAUGAAAAGCUGGUAGCAAUUCACCCCAACUUCCGAAUCAUCAUGUUAGCCAACAGACCUGGAUUCCCAUUCUUGGGUAACAAUUUGUUCGCUGUUCUCGGUGACCUCUUUGCAAUUCACAUGAUUGACCAUCCAGGAAGGCAGAGUGAAUUUGAGAUGAUUCAGAAGUAUGGUCCAACGGUUGCCACUGGCACGCUCAACCAAUUGCUCACCAUUUUCAAUGAGUUGCGUGACAAAACAGACCAAGGAAUCCUUCAAUACCCAUAUUCAACUAGAGAACUUGUCAAUAUUGUAAGACAUUGCAAUGAGUUCCCAAAUGACCCGCUACCAGAAGUUUGCCGAAAUGUUUUUGAUUUCGAUUCCUACAGUGAGGACACCAUCGCAGUCAUCCACGAAGUCUUCCAGAAGCAUGGAGUUCCCCUAGGUGUGACUCGAAAAAACGACAGUGUAUCGCUCACAGAUAGAAUUUCGCUAGGGGAACUGAAAAACCUUGGAAAAUGGUCAAUGAAAUCAGUUAAUUUCCCAAAAGAAUACGGAUUCAAGCCACCAGCACUAAUUGAUAUCGACCCACCAGUUAAAUUAAGUUAUGUGGAGAAAAAACUUGACAAGCAAAAUCUGCGAAGCGGAGUUUUCUCCGAAUCACACUGUGUUUGGAAAAUUCCAAUGGAUACAACAAAUGUUAUCGGAGACGCGAUUCGUGUGAACGACGAUUUAGUGGUGACAAGUGUGAAUCCUCCAAAGCUAUUCCAUUGUAAAAACUUCAUGGAUUCUGACGUGGUAGAAGAAAUCAAUCUUCAAAGUUUCCUUCCACCUGUCAGCAACAUGUAUCAACCGGUCAUUCGCCUGGCAUAUCUCGGAGGCGACAAUGUUCUGAUUCACGAAGAAGAAGCCAACUUCACAGCUGUUGUCAGUUUACCCGAUCAAAUGGGAACCGUGAUACAAAGAAAUUCCAGUUUCACCAAAACAAUUGGAGCCAUGCUGACCGGUUCCAACUAUCCAUGGAGACUGUCCAACCAAAAAUGCAAUCACGCUCUGGUUUAUGAAUGGGGUGGAAACCAAAUGCUCGUCUACACUGAUGAGAAACACGGAGUCACAGUUCAACACGGGUCUCUUCCGUUCAAAAUCAAACGAGUUUACGCUAAUGCGCCUCAAAAUUGGACUGUUGUGUCGGAGGACAAUGAAAAUUACAUUCUCAAAUUGGAUAACGAAAAAUGUCUGCUGGAAAAAAUUGAUAGCAACGUGGAAACGGGAUUUGACUCAAUUGCCACAAAACUGAGAGGCAAUGAAAUGACAAUAGUUGCGGAUCCAUAUUACUUCAUUAAUACAAGAACUGAUGGUGACGUGUUUGGAAUCCCGCGUAAACCAACUGAAAACUAUCUUACAAAACCUGGCUACUACCGUAAUAUGGAAAAGUGUGCAAAUGUUGAUGUCUCAAGAGAAGCUAUAUUUUUGGGUGAUACGCUGGUCCGUGCUCUUCCCACUUUUAGAACACCCAAAGAAUAUAUAGAUGAAAAAAUCGACCCGUACCAAACGUCUGGAUUUUUGGAAAGCAUUGACUUGGCCGCAAGUAAGAUCAGCUAUGUACCAGUACCACAAAGUGCCAAUCCUGUAAUGUAUGAGUCAUGGGGUGCGAAAAUGUCGAAAGCUCAUUUCCAACUUAUUCCAUGGGAUGAUGAGAAAGUCAUGACUGUAGACAUGACAGGGUUCAUCAGAUCGUUCGAACUGUCCUGGUCUACACUGGGAAAAUCAUUCGACGACUGGAAACGGAUGACCGGUGGAUCAGAUGACCACAAUCUAAGAAUGGAGUUUGAUAGACAGCCAGAUGAUGUUGAUAUGGAAAAACUUGAGGAACCGAAACUCGGAAAGUUCGAUCCCGACAACGCUCCUCAUCACGGUGGAAAUCAAUGGAUGGGUGGUACUGGUGGGUACAACACCGCAGGUCUUGGCGGAAUUGGUGGUCCGUUCCGACUAGAUGCAGGUCAUGACGUCCAUCAAAUGCCAGAUUUUGCAAAAGAGCAAGUUCCAAAGCAUAUAUUGAAGAAAGCUAGAGAGAUUGCUAAACAAGAGUACGCCAAGAAACUACGGGAAAUUAACAUGUCAGAACAUGAUGCAGAUGGGUACGAGAAAGUGUGGAAGAGGGUGCAGGUUCCUUCGAAAAAGUUGGCUGCUGUAAUUGAUCAGCUUGAGGCUAAGAAAAAAGAGCGAGAGUGGACGAAACAUCAAACGAGCGGAGAUUUGGACGAUGGAAAGUUGAUUGAAGGUGUUACAGGAGAGCAGAACAUCUACAGACGGCGUGUUGACAAAGUUCCCGAUCCAGGGGCACCGCAAACAAAACCAAAACGUCUUCGUCUCUGUCUAGAUGUUUCUGGAUCCAUGUACAGAUUCAAUGGGUACGACCAACGGCUCACAAAGACUAUGGAAGCCGCACUGAUGACAAUGACGGCGUUGGAUGGAAAAACAGACAAAGUGCAGUAUGACAUUGUUGGACAUUCUGGAGACUCGCCCUCUGUGUCCUUUGUCAAAACGGAUCAGCACCCAAAAAAUAACAAAGAUCGUUUAGACGUGUUGAAACGGAUGAUUGCUCACACACAGUAUUGUGCUAGCGGUGAUAAUACAGUAGCAGGUUUGGAAUGGGCCGGAUGCGAAUUGAAUGUGAAAAAAGACGAUUUCGACGAAACAGUGGUUAUCUUGGUGUCCGAUGCUAACUUGCGCAGAUACAACAUCCAACCAAGAAAAGUCAAAGAUGUCAUGACUCGACGCCCUGGAAUCAAUUCAUUCGUCAUUCUCAUUGGAAGUCUCAGCAACGAAGCUGACGAGAUUCAAAGCCAAUUGCCUGCUGGAAAAGCGUUUGUGCUUAAAGACACCUCGGAGUUGCCUAAAAUCAUGGAAACUAUUUUCUCGUCCACCAUUGCUCAGUGA